AUGUUUGACAGUUUCAUUAACCUUGAUUGCUCCUUAGUAAUUGAUGGAAAAGAGGAAGAUGACAAUAAUAAUAGUGAAGACCCGACAUAUACUGAAGAAAUUGUUGAUUUGUCAUUUGUUGAAUCUGAUGAAAAGAAAGAUAAAAUUAAGUUAACCCCAAAUGAUUUGAUAUCAGAUGGCAUUCUUGAGAUAAAUCAUAUAGGAUUAUAUAAUCAAAAGUUAUAUCAAAUAAUUAUAAAGAAUGAAUAUUUGGGUAGUUUUACAUAUAUUGAAUGGCAUGAUUCAAUGUGUUUAACAAAUCAAGAAAAUGCUUUCGUUCAUAAUUAUAUUUUAUAUGGAUCAAUUACUAUUCCAGAUAGAAUAGAUGAAGAUUGA